AUGGCAUUCCUCGGCCUCCCCGUGGUCGGCGCCUGCGCGUAACCGUCUAUCCCAGCUUCUGCUUGCAAAAGUAGGAUAAAACGGGUGCUCACAAAAGACAAAUUUGGUGGGGAAGAGGAAGUAGAGUUGAGGGUCGUAUCUUCCACUGAACCUUUGAAUGCAGUUUGAAUCUCUUCUCUGGCAGUACCUGUUAAAUGAUUUUAGUCCGAUCCUUGAUGAAAAUGGCAGCCAACAAUGCAGUUUUGAAUAGACUGGAGCAGAAGGGCGCUGAAGCAGAUCAAAUUAUUGAAUACCUUAAGCAGCAAGUUGCUCUUCUGAAAGAAAAAGCCAUCUUGCAGGCGUCUCUGAGGGAAGAGAAGAAACUACGUGUUGAAAAUGCUAAACUUAAGAAAGAAAUUGAAGUGCUAAAACAGGAAUUGAUCCAAGCAGAAAUUCGAAAUGGAGUGAAACAAGUAUCUGUGCCACCUAGUGACUCGGCUUCUGCAGUUUCAUUUUCCAAAGAUCUCUCUCAAACAUCAUCUGCUGCCGAAGCUCUAACUGAUCCUAAACAACAAAUCAAGGGACCCAGUGAAGAAAAGAAGAAGAAAGACAAAACAGAAAAGAAAGGAGAAAAGAAAGAAAAAAAGCAGUCAUCUGCAAACGAUGAUUCAAAGCCUUUAGAUGUUUCUCGGCUUGAUCUUCGUAUUGGUUGUAUUAUGACAGCAAAGAAACACCCAGAUGCUGAUAGUCUUUAUAUUGAGGAAGUUGAUGUUGGAGAAGCAAAUCUAAGAACUGUUGUCAGCGGUUUGGUGAAACAUGUUCCUUUAGAAGAGAUGCAAAAUCGGAUGGCUGUAUUUCUCUGCAACCUAAAACCAGUAAAAAUGAGAGGAGUGGUGUCCCAAGGCAUGCUGAUGUGUGCUAGCACACCAGAAAAGGUGGAAAUUAUACUUCCUCCUAACGGAGUUGUUCCUGGAGAAAAAAUUACAUUUGAAGGUUUUUCAGGAGAACCUGAGAAAGAACUUAAUCCCAAGAAGAAAAUAUGGGAGCAGAUCCAACCUGAUCUUCAGACCAAUGACCAAUGUAUUGCUACAUACAAAGGAGUGCCAUUUGAAGUGAAAGGGAAAGGUGUGUGCAGGGCUCCUUCGAUGGCCAACAGUGGAAUCAAAUAAAUGAAAGCAAGCUUGGAAAAGUUUGAGAUAAUUUUGAAGGGAAAAAUAUGAACAUAAAUAAAUAUUGCCUCACUGAAAA